UACUGUUUCCUCCGCUGCCAAGGCCGCCGCACCUGCCUUGGAAGAGCCGGCUACGUCACGUGGACACCUCCGGCGAUUUUGGCAUCAUCACCGCAAUUUGUCGCAACCAAGCAGAAAUCUGCAAACACGAUGCCCUCGGAAGUUGGCAGAAGAAGCUCACCUAGUUCGCAGCAGCCAAGAAAAGCGGCUAGACAGAGUAUUUUGUCAAAUGACGUGCUGAUAUGACGCUCUGACUCAGUUUUCGGUUUCCUAUUUUCUAUUUUCACCAUGGGCAUCCGGGCGUAGAAAAUAACACAAGAGUAUUCCAUCAACCACCGGCGGUUCUUCUAGUGGCCAAGCGACACUUCCUUUUGGUCUUAUCUGGCUUGCCUUCUGCUCACAGAGUGCAGCAGAUAUGUCUGAUGGCUCCACCAAUGGUGCCCAGCUAAAGACUUCGACUUCCUCGAAGCCAACAUUCCACUUCGUUGCUGGCCUGGCCUCGGGGCUCUCUUCUGCCGUUCUCCUCCAACCCGCAGACCUCCUGAAGACUAGAAUCCAACAAGCCCGCCAAACAUCUUCCCUCCUCUCCACCGUUCGCAAAAUCCUUGCAUCGCCCCAACCAAUCCGCGGCCUCUGGCGAGGGACACUACCCUCAGCACUUCGAACGGGAUUUGGGUCCGCUCUUUACUUUUCUAGCUUAAAUGCGUUAAGGCAAGGGGUAGCAAACCGGGGGCCAAUCGUCCUACUCAACGGCGACCGAGAUGCCAAGUCCACACGCACAUCCGCGCUUCCGAAGCUCUCCCACACAGCAAACCUCGUCACCGGGGCCAUUGCGAGAACGGCGGCAGGGUUCGUCAUGAUGCCUGUCACCGUCAUAAAAGUACGCUAUGAGUCGGACUAUUACGCCUAUCGCAGCGUUUGGGGAGCCGGGCGGGAUAUUGUGCGUUCAGAGGGGUUCCGGGGUUUAUUUUACGGCUUUGGCGCGACCGCUAUCCGCGAUGCGCCGUAUGCCGGUCUGUACGUUGUGUUUUAUGAGCAAUUGAAGAAGACUCUUGAUUCCCUUGGCUUUGGUGCGUCGACGACAACCACCCCGUCCACCUCUGGAGAGCCGACUGGCAAGGAUAUCUCCAAAUCGCAGCCUGUUCCCUCAUCUAUAUCGGUGAAUUUUGUCUCCAGUGCACUGGCUGCCAGCUUGGCGACAGCUAUCACCAACCCGUUCGACGUGGUAAAGACACGAUUGCAGCUUAUGCCAAACAAGUAUCGCAAUAUGGUACAUGCCGUGCGGCUAAUGCUCCGUGAGGACGGGGUGCGGAGCCUGUUCGGAGGGUUGGGUUUGCGCAUGGGCCGCAAAGCAGUCAGUUCCGCACUUGCAUGGACUGUGUAUGAAGAACUGAUUCUAAAAGCAGAGAAGAGGUGGCCGGAUCCAGAUAACGUCGAGCAAUUAGCGUCAUGAUCGGCCUAUUUAUUGCUUCUCGUUCUACAACAUCAGCGAUUUCACGCCAUUUACUGGUAAUAUAAUUCGUUUGAAUAUAUUGCGUUUCCUGUGCAUCGAGCAUUUUUUUGGCAUAUACCCUUAUGAUCCCGUACUACCUUUUGAAAGCAAGGUUUUGGGAAAAAGGAAGGUCUUUUGGGCGGUUAUUCUCGCGAUGUUCUACAAAUUCACUGUAUCAUAUGGUUGGGAAAAAGGCACGGAUUAUGCAUUCAAGCUGGCGGUUUUGAAAUGAUGUAAAUUAAUAUUAUUAUGAUUAAGAUCCCUCGCCAUGUAUACACAGGCCCAAGCAAAAUGAACAAAGUGUUAUCAGAAGUGAUUGCGUCCCACAUAGAAUCCCUCCCUGAUCGGCACAAAGAAGAUUCAUGGAAACAUAACAAUUAACUACCCCAUGUAAAAUCAGAAUAGGACGAAUUAAAAUAUUAACAAUUAGUACGCUUCUAAACUCAGUAAUACUAACCAUACCUAUAACAAUGUGC